AUGGAGACCUUUAAUGGCGUUGACAAAUAUGACUAUGCAAAAGAGCUGAAGGAAUUCGUUGACACAAAAGCUGGAGUGAAAGGGCUUGUGGAUUCCGGACUUGCAAAGAUUCCUAGAAUAUUCAUCAGGCCGGAAGAGGAUCAAUCAUCUUUACAAACCACUUGUACCACUCAUCUCCAGGUUCCUGUAAUCGACUUGAAUGGCUUAGAGAGUGGGCAGCGAAUCCAGAUUGUCAACAACAUACGCCAAGCAGCUCAAACAUGGGGUUGCUUCCUUGUCAUCAACAAUGGGUUCCCAGUUUCCUUGCAAGAAACUAUAUUGGACAGAGCACGCCAGUUCCACGAGCAACCCCAGGAGGUGAAAGCACCAUGGUACUCACUGGAUGCCCAAAGAAGGGUCAGGUUCUACAGCAAUGGAUAUUUCAGUGCAUCGACCUCGGCACAAUGGAGGGACAUUUUAACCUUUUUCCAUGUUGAAGAGCUUCAGAAAGAACAAAUCCCUCAAGUUUGCAGGUAG